GUGCAACUUUGGCUCCGUUCACUGGAGGCGGGAAGAAGUCUACAAGGACCCAUCAAUUUCCUGCCAGCCUGCAGCGAGGACAGACGGCAUGAGCACCGCUGGAAAAGUGAUCAAAUGCAAAGCUGCGGUGCUAUGGGAGCUUCACAAGCCCUUCACCAUCGAGGACAUAGAAGUCGCACCCCCCAAGGCCCAUGAAGUUCGAAUUAAGAUGGUGGCCACUGGUGUCUGCCGCUCAGACGAUCACGUGAUUAGUGGAACCCUGGUCACACCUCUUCCUGCAGUUUUAGGCCAUGAGGGCGCAGGCAUUGUUGAGAGCGUUGGAGAAGGGGUGACUUGUGUGAAACCAGGUGAUAAAGUCAUUCCACUCUUUUCCCCUCAGUGUGGAGAAUGCAGGAUUUGCAAGCACCCGGAAAGCAACUUUUGUAGCCAAAGCGAUCUGCUAAUGCCUCGGGGGACUUUGCGCGAAGGCACCAGCAGGUUCUCCUGCAAGGGAAAGCCUAUCCACAACUUUAUCAACACCAGCACCUUCUCCCAGUACACCGUGGUAGAUGAUAUAGCAGUGGCCAAAAUCGAUGGAGCUUCACCACUGGACAAAGUCUGCCUCAUCGGCUGUGGGUUCUCAACUGGCUAUGGCUCUGCCAUCAAAGUCGCCAAGGUGACCCCAGGCUCCACCUGUGCUGUGUUUGGCCUCGGAGGUGUCGGUCUGUCUGUCAUCAUUGGCUGUAAAGCAGCAGGAGCAGCCAGGAUCAUUGCUGUGGACAUCAACAAGGACAAGUUUGCCAAGGCCAAAGAGUUGGGUGCAACUGAGUGCAUCAACCCUCAAGACUACAGCAAACCCAUCCAGGAAGUUCUCCAGGAGAUGACCGACGGAGGGGUGGACUUUUCGUUUGAAGUCAUCGGCCGCCUUGACACCAUGACUUCUGCCCUGCUGAGCUGCCAUGCAGCAUGUGGUGUAAGUGUCGUUGUAGGAGUGCCUCCCAAUGCCCAGAACCUCUCCAUGAACCCCAUGUUGCUGCUGCUGGGACGCACCUGGAAGGGAGCAAUAUUUGGCGGGUUUAAGAGUAAAGAUUCUGUCCCUAAACUUGUGGCUGACUUCAUGGCUAAGAAGUUUCCCUUGGACCCGUUAAUUACCCAUGUUUUACCUUUCGAGAAAAUAAAUGAAGCAUUUGACCUGCUUCGCUCUGGAAAGAGUAUCCGUACCGUCCUGACGUUCUGAGACCAUGUGGAUGCCUUCCCACGCACCAGUUUCUUACCCCACCAGACCGAAUCAAGCACCAGCCACAUCACAGCCUUAAUCUUGCUCUUUAGAGACACAGCCAAUAAAGUACUUGUGUAAGCUCUCCACAAGAAACUGAA